AACCAGAAACUUCAGUCAUACCGACAUAAAACAACAGCCCCACAAAUCACAAAGCAGAAUAACAACAACUAAACUAAACUAAAAAUGAACAGAACAACGACAAGACCAACCACGCCCGCCGACCACGAUGACGAGAAUGAUAUAGGUUUCUGGACAAGCACGGAAGAACGAGCGUUUUCACCCGAAGGCGUCGUCGUCAUGCUCCUGGUGAUAGCGGCAACGCAACGAGAUGUUUCCUUCUUGAUUUACGCAUUCCAAGUGGCAGUCUUCUGCGCCCUCUUUUCCGUCUUGAGCAAGUGGACGACUUAUAUUUCCUCACGUUCCAAGCGAGCGCCUGGAAAUCGACGAAAACAAUUGAACAAGUGGAUUGAUCGCACUGCCCUCCUAUUGUGCGUGCUAUGCCCAUUGAACUUGUGCUGGGUUCCGCAGGUUUGGGUGUUUCUGUACUUUUGCCGUAAAGCCAAAUGGAAUGGACAAUAUUACUAUGUUUUUGGAUCAGGACGAUCAAAACUAAACUAAACCAACUAAACUCAACUACAUGUAAACUCAACUAGACCGAACUGUACAGGUGCCGUACCGGUACCGAUACCGUACCAGUACUAGCUACCGUAACGGCGUGCGCCCUGGUCCUCGUGGCAUGAGCGCACCAUUUCAUCCGCACCUUUCUUGCUGGUCGUGUGGGUU